GCCAACCAGCGCCUGUCUCUGAACAGCCAAUGAACACGCGUCUUACAGCCAAGGCCAGGUCGGGAGCGAGGCUGCGGCGAGUGCGGCGCUGACAGAGACGCGCGCGCGCGCGAUCGCGCGGGGACCCCGGCCGCUGCCGCCAUCACCGCCGCCCGCCCAGUCUCCCCUCAGCCGCUUCCCCUCGCCAUGGAGGCGAGGCCGCCGCCGCCGCCGCGGGGCUCGGAGCCGCGGGCCGGGCGGCGGCCCUGAGGGCGAGUGGCGGCCCGAAACGCCGCCGCGGAGCCGAGGCGGAGCCGCUCUCCUCGUCCCCAGCGGUCCCGCCCAACGCCAGACUCUGUGACACAACCAAAAAAAAGAUAUUUCUGGAAUUCCAGUGAGUGGUAAUGGAUGAUGCAGUUCAAAUAACUAAGGACACAUGUUCAAAGAGCAUAAUUAACUUUUUAAAAGAAGCUAAUAAGCAUGGAUUCCUGGUUCACUCUUGUUCUGCUUGGCAGUGGUCUGAUAUGUGUCAGUGCCAACAAUGCUACCACAGUUGCACCUUCUGUAGGAAUUACAAGAUUAAUUAACUCAUCAACGGCAGAACCAGUUAAAGAAGAGGCCAAAACUUCAAAUCCAACUUCUUCACUAACUUCUCUUUCUGUGGCACCAACAUUCAGCCCAAAUAUAACUCUGGGACCCACCUAUUUAACCACUGUCAAUUCUUCAGACUCUGACAAUGGGACCACAAGAACAGCAAGCACCAAUUCUAUAGGCACUACAAUUUUACCAAAUGAAACGUGGCUUCCAGAUAACCAGUUCACAGAUGCCAGAACAGAACCCUGGGAGGGGAAUUCCAGCACCGCAGCAACCACUCCAGAAGCUUUCCCUCCUUCAGGUAAUUCUGACUCGAAGGACAGAAGAGAUGAGACACCAAUUAUUGCGGUGAUGGUGGCCCUGUCCUCUCUGCUAGUGAUCGUGUUUAUUAUCAUAGUUUUGUACAUGUUAAGGUUUAAGAAAUACAAGCAAGCUGGGAGCCAUUCCAAUUCUUUCCGCUUAUCCAAUGGCCGCACUGAGGAUGUGGAGCCCCAGAGUGUGCCACUUCUGGCCAGAUCCCCAAGCACCAACAGGAAGUACCCACCCCUGCCCGUGGACAAGCUGGAAGAGGAAAUUAACCGGAGAAUGGCAGACGACAAUAAGCUCUUCAGGGAGGAAUUCAACGCUCUCCCUGCAUGUCCUAUCCAGGCCACCUGUGAGGCUGCUUCCAAGGAGGAAAACAAGGAAAAAAAUCGAUAUGUAAACAUCUUGCCUUAUGACCACUCUAGAGUCCACCUGACACCAGUCGAAGGGGUUCCAGAUUCUGAUUACAUCAAUGCUUCAUUCAUCAACGGCUACCAAGAAAAGAACAAAUUCAUUGCUGCACAAGGACCAAAAGAAGAAACGGUGAAUGAUUUCUGGAGGAUGAUCUGGGAACAAAACACAGCCACCAUCGUCAUGGUUACCAACCUGAAGGAGAGAAAGGAGUGCAAGUGCGCCCAGUACUGGCCAGACCAAGGCUGCUGGACCUAUGGGAAUAUUCGGGUGUCUGUAGAGGAUGUGACUGUCCUGGUAGACUACACAGUACGGAAGUUCUGCAUCCAGCAGGUGGGCGACAUGACCAACAGAAAGCCACAGCGCCUCAUCACUCAGUUCCACUUUACCAGCUGGCCAGACUUUGGGGUGCCUUUUACCCCGAUCGGCAUGCUCAAGUUCCUCAAGAAGGUGAAGGCCUGUAACCCUCAGUAUGCAGGGGCCAUCGUGGUCCACUGCAGUGCAGGUGUAGGGCGUACAGGUACCUUUGUCGUCAUUGAUGCCAUGCUGGACAUGAUGCAUACAGAACGGAAGGUGGACGUGUAUGGCUUUGUGAGCCGGAUCCGGGCACAGCGCUGCCAGAUGGUGCAAACGGAUAUGCAGUAUGUCUUCAUAUACCAAGCCCUUCUGGAGCAUUAUCUCUAUGGAGAUACAGAACUGGAAGUGACCUCUCUAGAAACCCACCUGCAGAAAAUUUACAACAAAAUUCCAGGAACCAGCAACAAUGGAUUAGAGGAGGAGUUUAAGAAGUUAACAUCAAUCAAAAUCCAGAAUGACAAGAUGCGGACUGGAAACCUUCCAGCCAACAUGAAGAAGAACCGUGUUUUACAGAUCAUUCCAUAUGAAUUCAACAGAGUGAUCAUUCCAGUUAAGCGGGGCGAAGAGAAUACAGACUAUGUGAAUGCAUCCUUUAUUGAUGGCUACCGGCAGAAGGACUCCUAUAUCGCCAGCCAGGGCCCUCUUCUCCACACAAUUGAGGACUUCUGGCGAAUGAUCUGGGAGUGGAAAUCCUGCUCUAUCGUGAUGCUAACAGAACUGGAGGAGAGAGGCCAGGAGAAGUGUGCCCAGUACUGGCCAUCCGAUGGACUGGUGUCCUAUGGAGAUAUUACAGUGGAACUGAAGAAGGAGGAGGAAUGUGAGAGCUACACCGUCCGAGACCUCCUGGUCACCAACACCAGGGAGAAUAAGAGCCGGCAGAUCCGGCAGUUCCACUUCCAUGGCUGGCCUGAAGUGGGCAUCCCCAGUGACGGAAAGGGCAUGAUCAGCAUCAUCGCCGCUGUGCAGAAGCAGCAGCAGCAGUCAGGGAACCACCCCAUCACCGUGCACUGCAGCGCUGGGGCAGGAAGGACGGGGACCUUCUGUGCCCUGAGCACCGUCCUGGAGCGUGUGAAAGCAGAGGGGAUUUUGGAUGUCUUCCAGACUGUCAAGAGCCUACGGCUACAGAGGCCACACAUGGUCCAGACACUGGAACAGUAUGAGUUCUGCUACAAGGUGGUGCAGGAAUAUAUUGAUGCAUUCUCAGAUUAUGCCAACUUCAAGUAAGCGGCAACAAGCGUCCGUGGACCAGGAGGAUUGCCUUUAAUAUUUUGUAAUAUUCUGUUUUGUUAAUAUACCCCAAAUUGUGUAUAUAUCUUAUAACUGUUUUAGAAAUUGGUACAUAGGCUUCUAUUACCUAUUAGGUGGAAAUUUUAUAUGUAAAUGUGUUAGCACUGAUAGUCCUUUUUCCAAUGUUUUAUUGGGGAAUUAAAUAGUGUGAUGUUUGGACUGAUAUCGUGAAAUCCUCAGCCAGGAAAUUGGGCUGGAUUGUGCUUUGGUUAAUAUAUCUUUCCCUAAAGAUAAACACAAAAUCCAUUCCAGGUAGCUCGGCACCAACUAAGAAAAAAAGCACAAAGUACUCAGAGCUCUAGAGGAAAGUGGUUGUCCCCAUACCAUCAUGCACUGUAAAUAUCCCUCCCCUCUGUCCCUGGUCCCCUCCCCCAUCCCCACCACCUAUAUCAUGGGAGUAAUAGGACCAGAGCGGUAUCUCUGGCACCACACUAGGGACUAUCAGGUAAUAAAAGCUUUGACUCCCUGAGGAAA